AUGGCCUUUCUGGAUGACAACCCCGAACUUCAGAACAUCUCUCCAGCUGUUGAGCGCCAACGUCAAAGCAAGCAGCUCCACCAGACUUUCCGCCAAAGGCAUCUGAGUUCUGAUGACGGACUAUUGGUGUCGGACUCGGCGACAUCCCCGCCCCUGGCCAGUAACAACGGCCACAAGAGGCGCCGAACCAAUGAUAUGGAUCCCAAUUCAUGGACCGAGGAUGAUGGACUACCUCCCCCACCUCCACUACACUUGUUAGAUUCUAUCGUUGAUAUCCACUUCCGUACAGUACACCACUGGGUACCUAUCCUCCACGAAGCACGUUUUUUGGCCAAGCUCGCGGAUGCCGACGAAAGAAAUCGGUUAGCGGUACUUCUUCACUCACUUGUCGCUGUCUCAAUCAAGUACCUUGAUGUCGAUAAGGUUGAGCUUGGUCAUAUUAAUGUCGACAGGCAAAUCAGACUGUCCAGAAAGGUUGUGAUGCUUCACGCUAUGCAAUCCGUGUCAGUCGAGAACAUGCAGGCACUGAUCUUUCUAGCCUUUGACUAUGUGAGCUGCCUCAUCAACUGUUUCUCAAUCCCUGGAAGUUUCACCAGUUUUGAUUUGGCCCUGACUCUUUCUAUUGCAGAUGGGAUGCGGCUAUCCCUCCAAGGCGUGGCCUAUCAUUGGUUCUUUGACGAGAACAGUCGAAUAUCUUCAAUUGACUGUCGAAUCGCCGGACCUAUCCUCGCUAGAGCAACCACUUCUUCGUCCGUUGACACUUCUGUCAAGGCCGCACGAUUGGACAGAGUCAGAAGAACGGAGGAGACUGUUCUGGAAUGUUUUCCUUCUCGACAGAGUCUGCCAAGUCACUUGUGGGUGCGUACUUCAAUUGACCAAAUGCUGAACUCGUCAUCUUCUAACACAAAGCGCAGCUGGAACACAAGCCUGACCUCAGACCACGUCCAACGGCGACUUCCAUGCAGCGGAGCGCCAUGGGCGCGCCAGGAAGCUGUCUCAACGCCCUUCUUUGGUAUAUGGAACAAGACUGCGGCCAAGAUCGGUAAAUCGAUAGCCAAUGUUCCCACGCUAUACGAGUCACCUUCAAAGACCAAUGACUACAGCCCUAAUGGAGACAACGGUGUUGGAGGCGAUCAGGUGGACAUCUCAAACUUAGGAGCAUUUGCAUAUUGUAUCGAGGCCACUGAAAACCUGAGCCAGGUCACUUCCUUCUUUCUGCAACAAAGCAUCGACUUUGGAGACAGAGCACAGGUCAAGAACUGGCUGACAAGGUUUAAAGAACUGGAUCUGCGACUUGUCCAUUGGAAAAUGUUUCUCCCCCAUCAGUGGCAUGACUCGGACGUCUCCCGCGACGUGUCAAUCGUCAAAAUGGAUCCGAACCUGACUUUGGCACACCUAACGCACAACGCCGCAACGAUCCUGCUACAUCAGCACAUCGCUUACCCGCCGGUAACUUGGUGUGAUGUCGUCAAGCUGCCGAGCUCCUGCAGUGCUGAGACGUGCCAGCUUGCCGCGGUUGAGAUCGCCUCCAUUGCCGACAAAUACUUGUGCUACAUGGGCGGUAUCGUCAACAGUCAGUUCGCGUUUUGCGCGUUCGUCGCUGCUCGCAUCCUGCUAGUGCAUUGGCUCUCCGUCUCCCGGCAGACAGAUGAACCUUUGGCCCCCGAGUUCUUUAAUCUCGGGGAUAGUCUGAGGGAAAUGUCGCGCCGUUGGAGGGGGAGUGACAGGAGCGACGACGCGGACAAUAUGGGGCAGCCAGGUGUGUCAGACCUGAUGACUAAAUAUGCCGCACAGCUUCAGUUGAUGUACUCCCGAUACAUGGCUGGUUUACAUACACAUGCCUCGGUCGGCGAUAUGCUGUCAGAUGCCAGCCUGGAUGGCCUUCUAGACAUGCAGCAGCAACCUACUGCGAACAGUGAUUCUUCCCUCCAAAACACGAUACCUCCACCAAUGUCUGGCAUGGGUCCAGGAGGAACGGUGGCCACGGGCAUGACUUCUUUCGCCCAUCCGACAAGCUCUCUAUCACAGCCACCAAGCCGUUCACACCCGCCCAUCGCGUACGAUCCUCGUGGCACGCCCGUUCGCUACGAUGUUGUGAGCCCGCGGCAGCGACAACGAUAUGGUUCAUACGGGCAGUUUGAUUUCGGUACAAACAUGGGCAGGGCAGGGCCUUCCAACAUACCGAGGGGGAGUUCAUCUUCGACAGCAAAUGUGGCGGGACUCUUGGGCUUGAGAAUGGAGAACAAGAGCAGACACAGCAACAGCAGUGGCUUUGGCGGCGAAGACGAGGAUGAGCUGUUUGGCCAGCAGUUCCUCGAAAUGGAUCGCGUAAUCACGCUAGAUGGGACAGAUUUCUUCGGAGGAUUGUAA